AUGCCCUCCUGGGCCCUCUGCAUGCUAACCUCCUGCCUCUUCCUGGCUCCUCCAAACCUGGCACAAGUCAUCAGCCAAGAUGUCUUCUGGCUGGCCUCAGAUGCAGAACCCCUGAACUGUUUCUCCCAAACAUUUGAAGACCUCACUUGCUUCUGGGAUGAGGAAGAGACAGCACCCAAUGAAGUAUACCAGCUGUUGUAUGCCUACCCAGGAGAGAAGCCUCGGGCCUGCCCCCUGAGUUCUCAGAGUGUGCCCCCCUUGGGAACCCGAUACGUGUGCCAGUUUCCAGCCCAGGAUGAAGUACGUCUCUUUUUUCCGCUGCACCUCUGGGUGAAGAAUGUGUUCCUGAACCAGACUCUGACCCAGCGGGUGCUGUUUGUGGACAGUGUGGGCCUGCCAGCUCCCCCCAGCAACAUCACAGCUGGGGGCGGGAGCCAGCCAGGGGAACUUCAGAUCCACUGGAAGGCUCCCGCUCCUGAAAUCAGUGAUUUCCUGAGGCAUGAACUCCGCUACGGUCCCGUGGAUCCCAGCAACGCCACUGGAUCCUCAGUCAUGCAGCUGCUCUCCUCAGAAACCUGCUGCCCUGCUCAGCGGGCACUGGACGCAGCCCCGGCUCUGGACCGGUCUCCAUGCGCUCAGCCAGCAGCACCCCAACAUCACGAGCCACCGAGGACCUUCACAACUAGAGAAGCUCCAUCUCUGACAGUGAGAGGUGGAAGCUGCCUCAUCUCUGGGCUCCAGCCUGGCAAGUCCUACUGGCUCCAGCUACGUAGUCAACCCGAUGGAGUCUCCCUUCGUGGCUCCUGGGGAUCCUGGUCCUUCCCCGUGACUGUGGACCUUCCGGGAGAUGCAAUGGCAAUUGGACUGCAGUGCUUUACCUUGGACCUAAAGAGUGUCAUCUGCCAGUGGCAGCAACAGGACCACACCAGCUCUCAAGGCUUCUUCCACCACAGCCGAACACGGUGCUGCCCCAGAGCUGGGGAUCCCAUCUGGGAGAAAUGUGAAGAGGAGGAAGAAACAAACCAAGGAGAGCACCUCCCUCAUUCCCGCUGCCACUUCAAGUCACAUAACGACAGUGUUAUUCACAUCCUUGUAGAGGUGACCACAGCCCAAGGUGCUGUGCACAGCUAUCUGGGCUCUCCUUUCUGGAUCCACCAGGCUGUGCUCCUCCCCACCCCAAGCCUGCACUGGAGGGAGGUCUCCAGUGGGCAGCUGGAAUUGGAGUGGCAGCACCCCUCAUCCUGGGCAGCCCAAGAAACCUGCUAUCAACUCCGAUACACAGGAGAAGGUCAUCAGGACUGGAAGGUGCUGGAACCACCUCUCGGGGCUCAGGGAGGGACCCUGGAGCUGCGGCCCAGGUCUCGCUACCGCUUACAGCUGCGCUCCAGGCUGAACGGCCCCACGUAUCAAGGCCCCUGGAGCGCCUGGUCUCAGGCGGCCAGGGUGGAGACAGCAUCCGAGACCGCAUGGAUCUCCUUGGUGACCGCUCUGCUCCUGGUGUUGGGCCUCAGUGUCCUCCUGAGCCUGCUGUUGCUGAGGUGGCAGUUUCCUGCGCAUUACAGGAGCCUGAGGCAUGCCCUGUGGCCCUCACUUCCAGACCUGCACCGGGUCCUAGGCCAGUACCUUAGGGAUACUGCAGCCCUCAGUCCACCCAAGGCCACAGUCACCGAUCCCUAUGAAGAAGUGGAACCCAGCCUCCUUGAAAUCCUACCUAAGUCCUCAGAGAAGACUCCCUUGCCCUUGUGUUCCGCCCAGCCUCAGAUGGACUACCGGGGAUUGCAACCUUCUUGCCUGGGGACCAUGCCCUUGUCUGUGUGCCCACCCAGGGCUGAGUCAGGGUCCUGCUGCACUACCCACAUUGCCAACCACUCCUACCUACCACUAAGCUAUUGGCAGCAGCCCUGAAAGCAGGCCCCUCUCUCCCAUAGACCUAGACCUCUACCCCCAACGUCAGCACCUGAGACCUUACCUCCAUCCCUCUCUGUCCACCUGGCUCAUUAGGCUUCACAGCACAGAUCUUUCCACACCACUACGCUGAGAAAUCCAGGGCCCUCUCUCCACAGCCAGGUUCGCUUGACUAAGCUCCCUUGACCUUUACUUCUCUCUCCUCCUAAGAGCCAAAUUCCUAGAAAAGAAGUUUCCACUUCCACCCUCACUGACUCUUCAGAGUGCUUCAGUGGUUCCCUGGGUGUGGUAGCAGGAGCCUUCUCCAACCUUGCAAAUGAAACUGCUUGGUAGAGUUCACUUCCAGUGUUCUAAUCGCAAUAUCCAAUGGGAUCUUGUUAAUCAUCAGUUGAUUUGAUCUCUCAGCAUUUGUCACAGUUGACUGCUCAUCUCUCCUUGAAUUCUCUUCUACCUUGGCUCCCACAGCAUCACCGUCUGUGUUGGUUCUGCUCCUGCCUCUGGGAGGCCACCAGCAGUUAAGGAGAUGAACUCAGGAGCCAUAUCUGGGUUCCAUUACUGUCUUCCAUACUUGCUAGCUGUGUGACAUCUUUAAUCCCAGCACUCGGGAGGCAGAGGUAAGAGGACUGCUGUGAGUUCAAGGCCACCCUGAUAUUACAUAAUGAAUUCCAGGUCAGCCUGGGCUAGAAUAAGACCCUACCUUGGGGAAAAAAAUAAAACACCUCAAGAUAAUCUAAAGCACAGUGCCAAAGAAAUAGCCUAUUCUUUUUCUUUCUCUCCCUCCCUCCCUCCCUCUUUCUUUCUUUCUUUCUUUCUUUCUUUCUUUCUUUCUUUCUUUCUUUCUUUCUUUCUUUCUUUCUUUCUUCCACAGAGCUAGGGUCAAACCCAGAACCUACCUUGUACAUGCUAGGUACACAUUUGACUACAGAACUGCAUCCCCAGCUUCAAAACUGGAGGCCCAGGGUGCCCUCAAACUCACUGUCCUCCUACCUUA